AUGGGGCCAUCUGCUGUGGAAGAGUUUGUCGAUUACGGGCCAACUCCGAGUAAAAGUUCGGGAGCUGUAGCUUCCGGGAAGCAGACGACUUUUCGGAGUGGGGACCCGAGAGCCGCCCUGGCCGAGAUCAGCGACGCCGAGGUCACGGGUCCGCCAGUGUUUGAGAAUCCGACCGAGGCCCGGGCCUACUUUAAGCACCGGCUUGCAAUUGCCUUUCGCAUCUUUGCUCAGUUUGGCUUUUGUGAGGGCGUGGCAGGCCACAUUACCUGUCGUGAUCCCAUCGAUCCGACUUCGUUCUGGGUCAACCCUUUUGGUCUUCACUUUUCGUUAAUCAAAGAUGACGAUCUGUUGCGGGUGAGCGAGGACGGAAAGGUCCUUGAAGGCGGGAGGAACCGGAGACUGAACCUUGCCGCAUACGCAAUCCAUGCCGAGCUGCACCGUGCCCGACCAGACGUCAUGUGCGCCGCGCACGCCCACACCGUCUACGGAAGGGCCAUGUGCAGCACCGGCCGACCGCUGCGGAUGCUGACGCAGGACUUUUGUGUCUUUUGGCGGGACAUUGUGCUGUACGAAAACUUUGGCGGCGUCGUCUUGGCGGCCGAAGAAGGCCGUGCUAUCGCGUCCGCCUUGGGCGGCAGGAAGGCGGCCCUGCUCGCCAACCAUGGCUUGCUGGUGGCGGGGCCGAGCAUCGAAGCGACGGUCGGUUGGUUCGUGAUGCUUGAAAAGUGCUGCCAGGUGCAACUGCUUGCCGAGGCGGCCGUGGGUGGUGGGUCGACGCCUGGCAACGGCGACGUGAUCACGAUCGGGGACGAGGAGGCGAAGGCGACGUGGGAAGUGGUGGGCUCGGGGGAUCAUGGUUACUUUAUGGGCCUGCCGCUGUUUCAAGUGGGAGAGAAGGAGUUUGGAGAGGCUACUCACAUGGGUAGAGGGAUAGAGCCGCGUUGA